AUGGCCCCUGUGCAGGAAAAGACCCAGCAGGAAACCCACAGGAUCUACAGGCAGAAGCUGGAGGAGCUGACAGCACUCCAGACGUUGUGCAGCUGCUCCAUCAACAAGCAGAAGACGCGGCUGAAGGACUUGAAGCACACGCUCCAGAGGUACAAGCGUCAUGCCAGUCGGGAGGAGGCAGAGCUCAUUCAGCAGAUGGGCGCCAACAUCAAGGAGCGGCAGAAUGUCUUCUUUGACAUGGAGGCCUACCUGCCCAAGAGGAACGGGCUCUACUUGAAUCUGGUUCUCGGCAAUGUGAACGUGACCCUUCUCAGCAACCAGGCCAAAUUUGCCUACAAGGACGAGUAUGAGAAGUUCAAGCUCUACCUGACCAUCAUCCUGCUCCUGGGAGCUGUGGCAUGUCGAUUUGUCCUGCAUUACAGGGUGACGGACGAAGUCUUCAACUUCCUGCUGGUGUGGUAUUACUGCACCCUGACGAUUCGGGAGAGUAUUCUCAUCAGCAAUGGCUCGAGAAUCAAAGGCUGGUGGGUGUCUCACCACUAUGUGUCCACGUUCCUGUCUGGAGUGAUGCUGACCUGGCCUGAUGGACUCAUUUAUCAGAAGUUUCGUGAUCAGUUUUUAGCCUUCUCCAUUUUUCAGAGCUGUGUCCAGUUCCUGCAGUAUUAUUACCAGAGGGGCUGCCUCUACCGACUGCGGGCCCUGGGGGAGAGGAAUCACCUGGACCUCACAGUGGAAGGAUUUCAGUCCUGGAUGUGGCGAGGCCUCACCUUCCUUCUGCCUUUCCUGUUCUGCGGCCACUUCUGGCAGCUCUACAACGCAGUCACGUUAUUUGAGCUCUCCAGCCAUGAGGAAUGCAGAGAAUGGCAGGUGUUCGUGUUGGCACUCACGUUCCUCGUCCUCUUCCUCGGCAAUUUCCUGACCACGCUCAAAGUCGUGCACACCAAGCUGCAGAAGAACAGAAGCAAGGCCAAGAAGCCGUGAGCCAUGAGGCCCACGCGCCCCUCGAGCCCCCGGACUUCUGAGGCUGCGGGGGGACUUCCUCCCUAGCAGUGCCAGUGGCCACUGACAGCAGUGACCUCAGGGGCCAGUGGCAUCACUGGCAGCGGGGCUGAGGCUAUGGUCCCCGGCCGGACAAAAGGAAUGUGACCCCAGCCUGUCCGCACAGUAUUAGCUGGCCCCAGCCUGCCUAUUUAUGACAUAUUUAAUAUUGGCCCUCCUCCUUCCCUUAGAAUCUGCGGCCUUCCUGCCCCACUGCUCUCGGUGAGACUGGGUCAGUCUUGGUCAGGGCGGGGAGGCUAAGCCUCAGGGAGCCCCUCUGUCCCCCGCUCCUGUCACCUGAGCCCCUCAGGUUGGGCUUUGGACGUGCCUCGCUGGGGCUGGAUUUCCGCUGACCUGCUACUUACUGAGUCCCAGGCGGGGGUGGAAGGAAGCCCCUCAGUGUCCUGUGGAGCCUCCCUCCCGACACAGCUCCUUGCUGUAAGCUCCACGCCUCCGCGGUGGGGGUGUUUCAGUUCUCAGAGAACCACUGUGGUCUGUGCCUCUUGCUCUUUGUGCUUCCUGAGUCUCCUGCGUGCCGGCCACCUGGGGAGAGCCGCCCUACCUCCCUGAGGCCUGGGGCUUGGCCUGGGGUGCGAGGUUUUCUGGGGGUCACCACCAGAGGGCGCUCCUGCCCUGUUCGGCUGGUUUGAGGACCUGUUUUUUUUUUUCUGUUGUUUUGUUUUUGACAUGAAGUUUGGGUCCACUUUUGGGGGCUUCCUGACCCCCACCCUUCAGCCCACCUUCCCAAAUUCUUGCAGUGAGUACUCAGGGAGUGGGACCCUCAGCACUGGUUGGGACUUAAGCCAGCAUGGAGGUCACUCACUGUCCAGCUCCCUCCCUUCACCUCAGACGUUCUGGAACGUGGGGUGGGGGAUGUCUGAACAGCCUCACUUCAAGGAGGCCAGGAGGCUGAGGCCGCACUUUAGAGGCCACGGCAGGUCUGCUGGUCACCUCGUUAGGCUCUGUAUUUGAGGGGAGGGUGAAGAAACCAACAGGUUUGGUAACAUCUUCUGCCUCUUCACAGGGGCCUCAGCUGCCCCCAACUACUUUCCUAGAAAUCUCCUUUGACCAGAGUUCACAGACGGUGUGCAUAGUCAUGCUUUGGCCAUCAAAGGGGUUUACAUUUUUAAAAUACGAAAUUUCCCCUCCCCCUAAUAAGAUUCCAAAUAAAAAUCCAGACUUCUGCUUUCCCUAGAGAAAUGGAAAGACCUAGCACCAUUCCCACAGGGCAGCAUUUGGCUGGGCUGAGCUGCCUGUGCAGGAUGGGCUGCUUGCUUCCUGGUUUGCCACAGGCCCCACCACUCCCUUUUAUCCCUGCCCUACUUCACUCAUUUGGGUUUCCCAUCUGGCCCUUUAGGCACUUGGGUUUGCCCUAGACUAGGAGUUGGCAAACUUUUUCCGUCAAGAGCCAGAUGGUCUCUGUCACUACUCUGUUCUGCAGUCGUGGGGCAAAAGCAGCCAAGGCAUAAAUGAAUGGGCAUGGCUGUGUUCCAAUAAAACUUUAUUUACAAAAA